GGCGGGGAGGCGCCCAUGCCGGACCGCGCAGCGCGGUGAGGGCGCGCGCGGGCGGGCGGGGGCGCAGCCGGCACCAUGUCCAUGCUGCCUACCUUCGGCUUCACGCAGGAGCAAGUGGCGUGCGUGUGCGAGGUGCUGCAACAGGGCGGCAACAUCGAGCGGCUGGGCCGCUUUCUGUGGUCGCUGCCCGCCUGCGAGCACCUCCACAAGAAUGAAAGUGUGCUCAAGGCCAAGGCGGUGGUGGCCUUCCACCGCGGCAACUUCCGCGAGCUCUACAAGAUCCUGGAGAGCCACCAGUUCUCGCCGCACAACCACGCCAAGCUGCAGCAGCUGUGGCUCAAGGCGCACUACAUCGAGGCCGAGAAGCUGCGCGGCCGGCCCCUGGGCGCGGUGGGCAAGUACCGCGUGCGCCGCAAGUUUCCGCUGCCGCGCUCCAUCUGGGACGGCGAGGAGACCAGCUACUGCUUCAAGGAGAAGAGUCGCAGCGUGUUGCGCGAGUGGUACGCGCACAACCCCUACCCCUCGCCGCGGGAGAAGCGGGAGCUGGCGGAGGCCACGGGUCUCACUACCACACAGGUCAGCAACUGGUUCAAGAACCGGCGACAGCGUGACCGGGCAGCCGAGGCCAAGGAAAGGUACGAGGAGAACAGCGAGAACUCCAACUCCAACAGCCACAACCCGCUGGCGGCGUCGCUGAACGGCAGCGGCAAGUCGGUGCUCGGCAGCUCGGAGGACGAGAAGACGCCGUCGGGGACGCCAGACCACUCGUCGUCCAGCCCCGCGCUGCUGCUCAGCCCGCCGCCGCCGCCCGGGCUGCCAUCCCUGCACAGCCUGGGCCACCCUCCGGGCCCCAGCGCCGUGCCCGUGCCGGUGCCCGUGCCAGGCGGAGGCGGCGCGGACCCGCUGCAGCACCACCACGGCCUGCAGGACUCCAUCCUCAACCCCAUGUCAGCCAACCUCGUGGACCUGGGCUCCUAGAGCCGCACCUGCCUCGGUGCGCUGGCCUCCGCGGCUGGCGCCGGGACUGAGAGAGGCCGCGUCGGGAGGGCUUCCGGCGCGGCGGCCCCGCCAGGGACUGAGAGACCCGCAAGCGAGCGGGCAGAACCGCCGGUUGGUGUUGCGGAUGGCCCUCGGGUUUGGCCUUCGUUGGGAAUUUUUUCCCCCCCAACAAGUUGGUUUUGAGAGCCUUCGGAGACCUGGGACCGGGUCUUGAACCAGGGAAGGGAAUAAAUUAUACACAGUU